AACAGUAACUCUCUAUUUGUUUGUACAUGACUUCAUGUCAAAAUUAGGGCAUUAUAUUUUUACAAUUUAGGAGCACAUAUUUGAAAUAAUACUUUCAGUUCCUACUAUUUACCUCUCCUUUUAAUAUGUAAAACUUCCUUUUAAUUUAUGUUUCUUUCCUGCUCGUACAGUGUACUACUUGGUUCAGUUUGUAGAUGACGGUAUUUUGGACAUCAAAACUGACGACGACUUUAGAACAAGGGAAGAUGGCCUUAAAGAGGCACAGUAUGGGGAUACCUUUUACUUGUGCACAAUAAUUUUUGAAAGUGGUGAGUCUAAGCACUUUUUUUGUUUUGAUCAUCUUGUGAUAGGAAGCUAAGUUGUUUGAUUUUGCUUUUCUAUGCAAAUCUGAAAGAAUUAGCUCUGAAAUGUUACGAAAUGGCUCGGUUUUUCAUCAUGGAAGCAUGACAUUGAUGAAAAUGGUGCCACCUACUUUAAAUACAAUCCAUUUUCUUAAAAUCUUUUUGAAAAAGUCAUGAUUAAGGUCAGGGCUCGACCCUAACUUUUCAACUUACUAGCCAAGUGGUUAGUGUCAACUUAGAUGUUACAACAAUUUCAGUUUGCUUACUAGCUAGACUGGUUGGUGGAGAUUGAAAACCAUGUGUGUUUCUACCAAUGUGUGGCUAGUGUCGAGCCCUGGAGGUAAUUAAGGAUAGAAAUGGAUAUUGUAAUCCCAAAUCAAUGGAAAAGGCAUGGUGACAAACUACUGGUACAUGGUGUGCCUCUUGCAAGUUGUAUAUUUUGUUGAUAGGAUUUAAUAAAAUAAUUUAAUUUGAUAAAAAUAAUUUAAAACAAGCUUCAAAUAGAUGAAAGAGGAGGCAACAAAUUCACAAACAGAUGUAGAAUCUUUUGUUGCAAACUUGUGCUGUGAUUGGUUGCUGCAACUGAAGUUUAUUUUUACUGUUAAUGGAUAUCUUUUUGAUAGCUGGAGAUGUUUUAACUUGCAGAUGAUAAAGAGGAAGUGAUGAAAAGAAAAGUUGCCAUGCAGAAAUUGAAAAACCCCAAACAAACAGAACAAAAUAAAAUGAAAAAGAUAGGAAAGAAAACAAAGGAAAACAGAAAGAAUGUUGGUGAGGAGAAGGAGGGUGAAGAAUCCACACAAAAAAGAAAUGGUGGAUAGGGAAGAAAUUGCAAGAAAGAAAGCAGAACGACAGAAGAAACGAGUAGAACAACAAAAGGCUAAGGAAAACAAGGAAAGGGAAAAGGCUGUAAAAGAAAAGGAAAGAGCUGCUUUGAUGGAAAGGGAUAACUGCAUACUUGCAGAGAUGAACUCUUUAGCAAGAAAUCUAGAUGUCGAAAGCAAGCAGCCAUUUACCAAUUUAUCUGAUGAAGAGGAGUAUAAUGUUGACAGGGCUGAACCCAUGGAUGAUGAUGAAUAUUUUGGUGGAAGAGAUAUUAUAUCCGAAUGUUCAUCUUACCUUCAUCCCCCCCUCUCUCUUCCUCCCCCUUCCAACUCUGCCAAACCAGCUUUACAAACCCCAAGAGCAACAGUUGGUGGAAAAAGACCCAGGGAUUUCUCCCAGAGUCAACCACAACUUCCUCCAAGACCAACUGUGGGUGGAAAAAAGCCAAGGUCCACAUUCCACCACAGCUGCCAAAAAUGUGAGGAGUACAAGGAAAUCAUAGCUGCACAAAAUCAAGAAAUUUCUCAACUCAAGGCUCAAGGUAAUUAUAUCUCACUUUUUACAUGACUAGCACUCACAUAUUUAAUGAUAAGAUAGAAAAUGCAGGGCAUUUUCCUGUCUGCUUUUCCUUUUGCUUCUCAUUGGAUUGACUAAUUGUGAGGGGAAAGACGGAUACCAGUUGAUCAUAGUCUAUCUUGUAUAAUUUUACAAUAACUCUGAAAGUAGGGAAUAAACCAUUUUAAAGCACUUUAAUAAGGCUACAACUCUUGCAAAUUGUAUUUUAAUGAUGCAUCUUAUUGUGUUUCAAAUAGUGAUGCUUGUAUUACGAUAUGAAUAUUAUUUUGAAGGGAAGAGUAUCUUUCCACAUUUACAUACUUAUAUGAAUUAAAAUACUGGUGACAGUCAAGCAGAUUGACCCACUGAUUGAUUGCUACAUUUAAUCUUCCCAUGUUAGCUAGGUAAUUAAAGCUAUGAUGUAAUCCAUUUAUCUGUUGUAGUGAAUGGUUGUUAUGAAGAGCUACCCAGACCUGGGAAAGUCCCUGAGAUUGUGGCAGCACGCUUCAAGGUAAAUGCUUUAAGGCUUAAUACCUGGCAAUUAGAUUGUGAAGCUUAAGUUAUCGAAUUUAUAUAUUUUUUAUUAUUAGAGCUUAAGAGGCAUAUCUGACAAUCAAAUGCAAUGUAGACUAAGUUUGUUUAGAGUUUUAAAUAAUUUCUUACAUGGCUAUUGUAGGAGGGACUACUUGAAAACUUCUGUGCAGGGAAUCAGUUGAAAGUGCUUUCACUGCCUUAGUGGUCAUGCACUUUCAAAAUUCAAAUGUUCACCAUAGCCUUCCUUCGAUUUAACAUUAAAAACAUGACAUGAUUGUUAUGAAAACUUUAUGGUUAAAUUUGUGUGUCCUUUUUAGAUGGUUGAGUUAUCAAAAGGUAGAGGUGUCUACUUAUACGAGGAUCACAUAAACACAGCCAAGAGUAAAAACAGCCCAACUUCAGCAGCAUGUUUCCUGCUCAGCUGCUUUUAUAAAAAUUCUGAGCUAGUGGGAAAGAAUCUGACCGGAGCAAAUGCCAGAGAGGGCUUAAAUGCUGACAUUGUUUCCUCAAUUUUGGGUAAGUACAUUGCAUUUGGUGUUUUUGUCAUUUUAUUACUAUUGGGAAUCUGUACACUUGUACAUGUUGAUCAACAUGACUUUCUCAGGGAUCAGCCUUGUAAAAAAACUUUGGGACAAUCCAUAUAAAACAAGUGAGGAAAACAACUCCAAGCAAGUAUUCAGAAGUUCCUUUGAUCUAAGUGAUCUCGGAUUAUUGAUCGUGGUAUGAGUCUUUCCAAAGUAACACAACCUUGUUGUCAUGCAUAAGUCUAAAAAGUUAAGCUCCUGUGUUUCUUUUUCUUUGCAGAUUUUGUGGUAAAGCAAGGGGGGAAGGCCUCUACAAUCAAGCAAGCCCUGAGAAAUAAAAUUAGUUCUCUAACCACAAGGGCAAGUGGUUGGCAACCUGCCAGGAAAGUAAACAAUUGAAUCGAUUGAAUUAAGAUUAAUUAAAAUGAUAUGAUUGGAUACUCAGUAGAUAGACUAUUUUCUAUUAUGAUUUGCACAAAGGCUUGCUUGCUUCUCUAAUUAUUAAAUAACAAAGUCAAUUUUUUGAUUGUUACAUUUUACAACAACCAUUUUUUUAUUGGCUUUAAUCCCAACUAGAGACAUUGUAAGUGAC